GGGUUUACCUAUCCCAAAAACGGUUUUUCUCUAGUGUAGAUAUGGGCUUCCGUAUAUAACGGGUGGCGGGCCACGCUGCGAGGGAAUCCAGGGGUACAUAUUCAGCACGCGUCUUACCCACUUAAAUAGGGUAGCCAUUCAUUUCUCCCCCUUGUCGCGUGCCUAGUCGCGUUCCCUGUCGCGGUCACUUCCUCAAUUCAUCUUUCUCAACAAUCCCGUCAUCCCAGUUACUAGCCAACCUUGACAAAAUAUAACUGACGCAACAGCAUUUCCAUAUCCUACUCAACCGAUACGUCGCGAGCAAGAUGGACGAGAGCCAAAAACAGGAAUACGAAGAAACAUGCCAGCUGCUGCGCGCCGAGCUGAAACGCUUUGAAGCCGACUGGUCGAGUCAGAAUGGUGGAACAAAGCCGCGACGUGAAGAUAUCAAGCAAAACCCAGAAAUAGCCCGCAAGUAUAAGCAGUACAACCAAGUCCGGGACAUUUUGUCUGGAAAGGUCCCUCCGCCCAAGGCCAAGGAGACGACGCUCAGCGUGAGGAAGCGAAAGCUAGACGGGAGCAUCGGGCAAAGGCCUGCCAAGCAAGUGAAGCCGGUUGAGACCCCCUCUCGCGUGCGGCAGCGCGAUGUGGACCCCGAGCUGUUCGAGACUCCAUCCACCCGGAAGCUAUUCAGUCCCGCCGUACCCACGUCAAUUGGCCCUACGCCGCAGAGAGAUGGGCGGAUCCUCGGCCUAUUCGAUCUGCUGGAAGAAAACGACGAGAACACGCCCUCAAAGUCCAGACACGCCGACGGUCUCAAGGACGUCGAUAUCCAAGUAACCCCCAGCAAGAAGACAGGCGAGGCCGGUCGCCGACGUGUCGCUCAGUCGAGCCGAACACCGAAAUCUGCCAGCAAGCGCGCAACGCCGGAUACGUUCAUGACACCCUCUCGACGAAGGAACGGGAACACGAGCGCGAGGACGCCAAGUUCGGUCAGUAAGUUGCACCUGUCCACGCCCUCCUUCCUGAGGAGAGCACCGCUCGCGACCGUCGACGAGAACGGCGAGUAUCUAUCCCCGGCGCCCCUCCGCCUGCCGCGCAAGCCUCUAGGGCGGAGCCUCAGCAGCGUCGUGGCCAGCCUGCGGAAGCUCGAGGAGGAAGCCCUCGACGACGACCUCGAGGCCCUGCGCGAGAUGGAGAGCGAGGCGAACCCGUCGGCUCCGGCCAAGCCGGCUAAGCCGAAGGAAGACAUCCUCGAGCCGGACAGCCAGCAGCAGCAGCGGCUUCUCGGCGCAUUCGAUGACGAGGGUCUCUACGACAGCGCGCCCGAGGACCAGGUGGGCCGCGACGGCCAGCCUCUCCGGGUCUACAAGAAGAAGGGGCAGAAGCGCACUACGCGACGAGCCAACAUGAAGCCCGUCCAGAGCAAGCGGCCGCAGGAGACGAUCGCGGAAGAAGAGUCCGAGGACGACGACGACGACGAUGUCGUGCCCGAGACGCAGGCCCAAGCGGCCGGGGCCGACCGCGGGGAGCCCUCGCCUCCGGUGGACUUGGGAUCCGAGUCGGAAUUCGACCCCGCGGCCGACGAAGAGGCGGAAGAGGAGGGCAAGCCGGCAGCCAAGGCGGGCAAGAGCAAGCGCGCGGCGAAGGAGGCAGAAGGGCAGAAGGAGAAGGGCAAGGAGAAGAAAGAGGGCAAGAUCCGGAAGGCGGCGAGGAAGGUGAACGAGCUGGCUCACGCCAACUUCAAGAGGCUCAAGCUGAAGAACAACGGCGCCAAGGGGCCCAGCGCGUUCGGGGGCCGGUUCCGGCGCCGGCGUUGAGACAGUCGUUUAUUUUUAGCCCGAUGCGGCAGCGUGUCAAUACACCACUAUCUAAACGCUAUAUCCAGUCCCAGUCCUUCCCUAGAUAGUUCCUGCCUACCUUGACUGGCAGAUUAGCGCCUACGACGGCAUGACCCGUGCCAACGGAACCCACCGCCAACACGCUCCCCGCUCCCCAC